AUGAGGUUCAUCCAACUUGGGGAGAAUCAAUUCCAUGGUGAGAUUCCCCAGGAAUUCAGUCGCCUCUUCAGGCUAAGAGUCUUGAACCUGUCAAAUAAUGCACUCGGAGGAAAAAUCCCAGCAAACCUGAGCCACUGCUCAGAGAUUAUAAAUAUUAGCCUACAUCACAAAAAGCUAAAAGGGAAAAUUCCAAUCGAUCAGCUAAGCAGUCUGAAGAAGCUUGAAAGACUUGUUCUUUUAGUAAACAAUCUGACAGGAGAGAUUCCCUCCAUUGGUAACUUAUCAUCGCUGACUACACUCACUUUCGACUUCAACGAUCUGGAGGGAAAUCUGCCCAUAGAGAUGGGGCUCUCAAAAAGGUUUGCCGGAUUAGGAGCUGCAGAAAAUAACCUAUCCGGUAUAAUCCGUGCCUCUAUCUUUAAUAGUUCAGCUGUUGUUGUGAUUUCAGUAGGUGGCAAUUCCUUUCGUGGCAGAUUUAAUCAAGGGCCCUCAUCCCAGGCAGCUUACAGACUACCAGAGGAGACUUCUUGCACCCAGAGCAAGGCAGAUAAGAACGGACUUCACAAGUUUCCUGAACCAUCUCUAUCAUCACGUCUCAUUGAAGUUCCCAAUACCAUGUGGGGAUUUCGCUCAUCAUCAACAUUAGCAAACAUAUUUCUCCUUCUCUUAGUUGCCAUGAACCUUUCAGUAAGCCAUGUUUCAGCUUCUAAACAAUUUCAAAAUGAGACUGAUCUUGUUGCUCUGCUUGAAUUCAAGAAUCAGAUAUACGAUGAUCCAUUUGGAGUCCUGAAUUCCUGGAACCACUCACAACACCAUUGCCAGUGGGGAGGAGUCACAUGCAGUGCCCGACAUCAAAGGGUCAUGGCCUUGACUCUAAGGGAAAAGCACUUGUCUGGAACCAUAUCUCCUCAUGUCGGAAAUCUAAGCUUCAUGAGGUUCAUCCAACUUCCGGGGAAUCAAUUCCAUGGUGAGAUUCCCCAAGAAUUUGGUCGCCUCUUCAGGCUAAGAGCCUUGAACCUGUCACGUAACGCAAUCAGUGGAAAGAUCCCAGUAAACUUGAGCUACUGCUUAGAGUUGAUAAAUAUUAGCCUAACGGGGAACAAUCUAGAAGGGAAAAUUCCGAUCGAUCAGCUGAGCAAUUUGAAGAAGCUUGAAAAUUUUUAUCUUGGCCAGAACAAUUUGACAGGAGAGAUUCCCUCUUCCAUUGGGAACCUAUCUUCAUUGAUCAGAAUUGCCGUUGCUGAGAUUUUUGUAGCUGGCAAUUCCUUUCAUGGCAAUCUCCCAACCAACAUAGGUCUCACCCUACCAAAUUUGAAAAUUUUAGGUGUUUCGUCAAACAAGUUCUAUGGAAACUUUCCAACUUCAAUCACCAAUGCUUCUGGGCUUGAGAAACUUGAUCUUUCUAGAAAUAAGUUUAAAGGCCAAAUCCCAACUAAUUUAGGAGAUCUGACAAAUCUUCAAUUCCUAAAUCUUGCUAUCAAUCUCUUCGGCAGUCAUUCUACGGAAGACUUGGACUUUAUUGCAUCACUGACCAACUGCAGUAAUCUAAGCGUUAUUUCCGUGAGUUGCAAUAAUUUUGGAGGUAAUAUACCAAAAGUCAUGGGCAAUCUAUCAAAUCAACUCACUAAAUUGUACCUGGGAACAAAUCAACUGUCAGGAACUAUUCCAGAAGGAUUUGGAAAUUUUGUCAACCUAUAUCUCCUUACCCUUGAAGAAAACCAUCUUUCAGGGGUCAUUCCAAGAGAUUUUGGCAAAUUACAAGAUUUGCAAAGAUUGCGUCUGGACCAAAAUGAGUUGUCAGGACAGAUAGUCUCCACCCUAUGCAAUGCCACAGGUCUAUACCAUCUGGACUUAUCAUUUAACCAGUUUGAAGGGGGCAAUAUAUUUGACAAUGUUCUUAUGAGAUGUCAAAAUUUGCAAUAUCUGGAUAUAUCUCAUAACAACUUCAAUGGAAUUAUAUCACCACAAUUUUUGCAGACGCACUCAUCACUGAUGUACAUCAAAAUAGGUGAAAAUUCAUUUAGUGGUUCUCUGCCUCCUGAAGUUGGAAAGCUUAUACAGUUGGUGGAUUUCAAUGUUUCCCACAACCAAUUUGCUGGAGAUAUACCCAUAUCACUUGCUGAUUGUUCAAAUCUGGCGAAUCUUUCCAUGCAGGCCAAUUUUUUCCAAGGAACAAUUCCACCAAAUUUGGCUUCUUUGAAGAGCAUCCAGCAAAUAGACCUUUCAAGUAAUAACUUGACUGGAUCAAUACCAAAGGAACUUGAGAAGCUUCAAUAUUUGAGGUACUUGAACCUUUCCUACAACGACAUCGAGGGAGAGGUACCAAACACAGGGAUUUUCAGCAAUGCAAGUCAAAUAUCAUUGAUUGGCAACAACAAACUCUGUGGAGGCAUUCCGGAAUUGGAGUUCCCACCUUGCCCAGCGAUUAAGGGGAAAAACAGAGGAAAGCUGAAGGUUAUCAUAUUGCUGUCCAUUGUUUUACCGGCAACGCUUAUGGUUCUUGUUACAGUGUUGUUAUAUCUCCUGGUAUAUCGAAAAAGAGAAAGAAGACUGGUGGCCGGAUUCUCUAGCAUGCCUACAAAAGUCGAUAAGCUCUUGCGAAUUUCUUACCAUGAACUUCAUCGUGCAACUUCGGGAUUUUCUCCAGAAAACUUAAUUGGUUCAGGACACUUUGGAGCUGUCUACAAAGGCACACUAGAAAAACAUGGCAAUAAGCUUGUAGCAGUCAAAGUUCUUCAUCUUCAAAAGAAUGGGGCUUCCAAAAGUUUUAAGGCCGAGUGCAAAACAUUGAGAAACAUUCGCCAUAGAAACCUCGUCUCUAUCGUGAGUUAUUGCUCCAGUAUUGAUUCCAAGGGUGAUGAAUUCAAAGCUCUAGUCUACGGGUUUUUGGAAAAUGGGAAUCUGGACUUGUGGUUGCAUCCUGCAGAGACAACUGAUCAGGCAACAAGCUCAAGAAGUCUUAAUCUUCUUCAGAAGCUAAAUAUUGCUAUUGAUGUGGCUUCAGCAUUGCAAUAUCUUCACGACCACUGCGAAGCAGAGAUUGUUCAUUGUGAUCUAAAACCAAGUAACAUUCUUCUUGACAAUGAUCUUGUUGCCCAUGUGGGUGAUUUUGGAUUGGCAAGGCUCCUCCCAAAACCCAACAACAGAUCUUCCGAGCAGGGAACCAGCAGUUCUAUAGCCGUAAAAGGGUCAAUCGGUUACGCAGCUCCAGAGUAUGGAAUGGGUCAUGCGGCAUCAACUCCAGGGGAUGUCUAUAGCUAUGGCAUUCUUUUGUUAGAGAUGAUCACCAAGAGGAGGCCAACAGAUGAUAUGUUCAUGGAUGAGCUAGAUAUACAUAACUAUGUUAACAGGGCUUUGCAUGAACAAGUCUCUGAGAUCGUGGACCCGUUGCUUCUUUUGGAAGGAAGAGAUGAAAACAGAAGAAUUACUCAUGGAGAGGAAACUAUUAAUGAUGGAAGACAGAUUCAUUGCAUUAUUUCCCUAUUGAAAAUUGGACUGAAGUGCUCUGCAAAAUUGCCAAAUGAUCGGAUGCACAUGAAUGAAGUUGUCAGAAACUUACAUCUCAUUAAGGAUGUUAUACUUAGUCUGAGGGUACAUCGAGAAAAUCUUCAAGUUUGAUAGCCACAGCUGCUUGCUGGUCUGAAUCAUCAAGAUGAAGUUGCUAAUUCGAUGAACUGAUAAAGAAGACAUCUGUGGCUUUUUAUUUGAAAAAAUAAAUGGAUGAUUCAAACAUAUUCCUUGUCUUUCUUUACAAGAAUUGUAUGUUUUGAAAGGUAGUCAAUUGGCUCAAUUCUGCUUGAACA